AUGACUAUUGCACAGUCCAUGUGCUUUCAUGGGUCCCGGUCUCAGUACACGGUACUCCGCCCAGAUAUCAAAUCAUACCCACAGUUCAUCUGCUUCCGCAUUGCCUUUUUCGAUCGACAACUGUGUCUCAUGCCCGGUAUGCCUCAGGGACCACAGAUCGGAGUAUGGCAUCAGACACAAUGCUCGCCAAGGAUUCAGCCUGCUUUCAUCUUAAAAAAAUUCACUGCGUCAUCGCAUUGCGAAUUCUGGAGCGAAACGAAUCUGACUCGGCGUAUGAUUACGCCUGGACGCAGGGCUCGACAAGGAGCUGCAGCGAGUGGCUCGGAGUAUGCCAACCCGGUGGUGGCUGAUCCCGAACCUCAAUGGCCAGAAAGUCUCACAGGGAAAUGCGGCGGCCCUCCACCUUCCCUACAUGCUUCGCGAUUGGAGAGUAAACUCGACUACUCCCGAAUCACUUGUGUCAAUGCCUCCCGAGAGAUCUUACCUCGCUUUAUUAUGCUGCGCCGCCGGAACCAAGUAGCUUUUACUUGA